AUGCCUAAAUUUAACUUUUUCCCUAAAGUAAAUUUUCUGGCAUAUAUAAAAAGAAUUAACAUAAAAUAUAAUCCUUGUGGUUCCUACAAUGAUAAUUGCCGAACAUUAAUUCAUCAUAUUGAAGCAGAGCAGAAAAAAGACAAAUUUCUUAAUUUAGAAUAUAAAUUAGAGCUAAUCGAUUAUAAUGAGGAGCCUCUGAUUGAAAUCGAAAUGCAAAACUCCAAAGUUUUCAAGUUUAAUCCAGAGAACUAUAACUUGUCAGAAAUUCAAAGAGUAAUCGAUGCUAACCAACAACAGCUACAUCAAAAUUUUAUGAAGACCAAUUUGCUGGAAAAUCACGAACGCUCUUUUUAA